GGUCGGCAGGUGGCAGUGCAUGCGCAUGCGCCAUGGUCUCCAGUUACUUCCCCCUGCGACAGCGAGCGUAACAUCGAUAUUAGUUUAUAUUUUUACUCUCGUGUUUACACCAACAUAACUCACCUUUUGUCACGCUUACAAUGGAAAGCAGCGGAGAUGAGGCGCAAGAGGAUAUGCAAGAUAUGAAGCGGUCGCCAUUCGCCGUUUCAGGUUCCAACUUCCUGACGACGCCGACGCACAAAGUCAUUUUGCAUUUUGACCUGGAUUGCUUCUAUGCUCAGGUGGAAAUGCUCAGAAACCCGGCAUUGAGAGACGUCCCUUUAGGCAUUCAGCAGAAGUACAUCAUCGUGACCUGUAACUACGUGGCGAGGCAGCAGGGCGUCACCAAGCUGAUGUCGGUCACUGACGCCAAGGAGAAGUGUCCUCAGCUGGUGCUGGUGAAGGGAGAAGACCUGACUCACUACAGAGAAAUGUCCUACCAAGUCACCGACCUGCUGCUGUCCUUCUGUCCGUCGGUGGAGAGGCUUGGCUUCGACGAGAACUACGUGGACAUCACAGAGAUGAUUGAGAAAAGGCUGGCCGACACGCCACAGUCCAGCUUUUCAUUCCAAGGCCACGUGUACAACGUCGCAGGUGACGCUGCAGAUGCUAAAGCCAGCAUACAUCCAGAGCUGGCUUUGGGGUCGCACAUCGCCGCCGAGCUGAGAGAAGCCGUCCGCAGCCGACUGGGCCUAACUGGCUGCGCCGGCAUCGCCGCCAACAAGCUGCUGGCCAAACUGGUGUCGGGCGCCUUCAAACCCAACCAGCAAACCACCUUGUUGCCGGAGAACCUUGGUGACAUCAUGGGCGCUCUCAGCGGCCUCCGUGCAAUACCAGGGGUCGGUCACCAAACCGCCAAGAAGCUCCACGCCCUGGGAUUGGUCAGCGUCAGAGACCUGCAGCUCUUCCCUCUGACUGACCUGGUGAGAGAAUUCGGAGCUCCGAGCGCGACACGUCUGAAGAAUCUAUCGCUCGGCGUGGACAGUUCUCCGGUCACUCCAUCUGGAGCCCCUCAGUCCCUCAGCGACGAAGACUCCUUCAAGAAAAUGUCAACCGCCAAAGAAGUGAUGGAGAAGAUGGAGCAGCUCCUGAGCAGCCUGGUGGAGAGGAUGCGUAAAGACGGCAGGCGGCCUCAAACCCUCCGGCUCACCCUCCGUAAAUACUCGGCGACCAACAAGUGGCACAGCCGGGAGAGCCGCCAGUGUCCCAUCCCCCACCACGUUGGCCGCACGAUCACCUCAGCCGGCAGUGAUGACGUCGUGUUACAUCUGGUCUCCCUGGCCAUGAAGCUCUUCUCCAAAAUGUUGGACAUCAACUCGGCCUUCCACCUGACCCUCAUCAACGUGUGCUUCAGCAACCUGCAGGCCAAAGGGCCUUCUGCCGGCGGGCGGAGCUCCAUCAAAUCCUUCUUCGCGCACGGCUCCUCACCUAAAACAUCCUUCUCGUCUCCUCAAAGACAGGCCGUACCUCUCGUCCCCCUAAAGGACAAGUCCUCCCCGUGCGGUGCAGAAAAUGGCUUCAUCACAUCCAGCGUGACGACUCCAGAGAAGACCACAAAAAGCCCGCCGAGCUAUGACGCGGCAACACCCGGGGUUGAAAUGGAACAGAGGGCUUCUGUCCCGGCGGACGUGACGUCACCCGGCAGCCCCACAUGUCGGCGCCAGGGUGAUGCCGCUGUCACCGUGACACAUGGAUUACCCCCAGACGUCGACGCAGAGGUGUUCCGCGUCCUCCCUGUGGAGAUCCAGAAGGAGCUUUUAAUGGAGCGCACCUCUCAGCCGUGUCCUCUUCCUUCCAACCCUCCCCUGACUUCACCCCAAACCUCCCGGAAUAGAAACAAUACAGAGCAGGGGGUUGUCUGCGACUUGGAUCCGUCGGAGGGAGGUGCCACGCCGCAUCAUCCACAGCCUGCGGGCAAGAGCGCGCUUCCAGGAGAAACCACCUCGGAAGCAAAGAGACUGUCAUCUGACUGCCAGCUGCCACUAAAUGUGGACCCUCACGUCUUCUCCCAGCUGCCAGCUGACCUUCAGGCCGAGCUGAUGACUGAAUGGAAGCGGGAGAAGCCGCUUCUGAAGGUCCCGGCGGCCAGGAAACCUGCCAGAGCUAAAGGGAAGAAAGGUGCGGGAAGCAGCAGCCAGGCAAACAGUUUGUUGGAUUAUUUUAAACAUGCUUAGUUACAAAUAUUAAUACAUAAGAGGUUUAUACUUUCCCUACAAACCAUUAAAAGCAUUCUAGUUGCGGCCAAUAAUGAAAAAUAAAACAAAAAAUGUCAUAAUUGGAUUUUUUUUUAAUCCAAUAGUUUGUUUGAUUAUUUUAAGCAUGCUUAGUUACAAAUAAUAAUACUUCAGAGGUUUAUACUUUCCCUACAAACCAUUAAAAGCAUUCUAGUUGCGGCCAAUAAUGAAAAAUAAAACAAAAAAUGUCAUAAUUGGAUUUUUUUUUAAUCCAAUAGUUUGUUUGAUUAUUUUAAGCAUGCUUAGUUACAAAUAAUAAUACUUCAGAGGUUUAUACUUUCCCUACAAACCAUUAAAAGCAUUCUAGUUGCAGCUAAUAAUGCAAAAUAAAACAAAAAAUAUAAUAAUUGGAUUUUUUUUUUUUUUAAACCAAUAGUUUGUGGGACUAUUUUAAGCAUGCUUAGUUACAAAUAAUAAUACAUCAGAGGUUUGUACUUUUCCUACAAACCAUUAAAAGCAUUCUAGUUACGGCCAAUAAUGAAAAAUAAAACAAAAAAUGUCAUAAUUGGAUUUUUUUUUUAAUCCAAUAGUUUGUUGGAUUAUGUUAAGCAUGCUUAGUUACAUAUAAUAAUACAUCACAGGUUUAUACUUUCCCUACAAACCAUUAAAAGCAUUCUAGUUGCGGCCAAUAAUGCAAAAUAAAACAAAAAAUAUCAUAAUUGGAUUUUUUUUUAAUCCAAUAGUUUGUUGGAUGAUUUUAAGCAUGCUUAGUUACAAAUAAUGAUACAUAAGAGGUUUAUACUUUCCCUACAAACCAUUAAAAGCAUUCUAGUUGCGGCCAAUAAUGAAAAAUAAAACAAAAAAUGUCAUAAUUGGAUUUUUUUUUAAUCCAAUAGUUUGUUUGAUUAUUUUAAGCAUGCUUAGUUACAAAUAAUAAUACUUCAGAGGUUUAUACUUUCCCUACAAACCAUUAAAAGCAUUCUAGUUGCGGCCAAUAAUGUAAAAUAAAACAAAAAAUGUCAUAAUUAGAUUUUUUUUUUAAUCCAAUAGUUUGUGGGACUAUUUUAAGCAUGCUUAGUUACAAAUGAUAAUACAUCAGAAGUUUAUACUUUCCCUACAAACCAUUAAAAGAAUUCUAGUUGUGGCCAAUGAUGCAAAAAAAAAAAAUGUCGUCAUUGGAUUUUUUUUUCAAACCAAUAGUUUCUUGGAUUAUUUUAAGCAUGCUUAGUUACAUAUAAUAAUACAUCAGAGGUUUAUACUUUCCCUACAAACCAUUAAAAGCAUUCUAGUUGUGGCCAAUAAUGCAAAAUAAAACAAAAAAUGUCAUAAUUGGAUUUUUUUUUAAUCCAAUAGUUUGUUGGAUUAUGUUAAGCAUGCUUAGUUACAUAUAAUAAUACAUCAUAGGUUUAUACUUUCCCUACAAACCAUUAAAAGCAUUCUAGUUGCGCCAAUAAUGCAAAAUAAAACAAAAAAUGUAAUAAUUGGAUUUUUUUUUUCAACCAAUAGCUUGUUGGAUUAUUUUUAAGUAUGCUUAGUUACAAAUAAUAAUACAUCACAGGCUUAUACUUUCUCUACAAACCAUUAAAAGCAUUCUAGUUGCAGCUAAUAAUGCAAAAUAAAACAAAAAAUAUAAUAAUUGGAUUUUUUUUUUUUAAACCAAUAGUUUGUGGGACUAUUUUAAGCAUGCUUAGUUACAAAUAAUAAUACAUCACAGGUUUGUACUUUUCCUACAAACCAUUAAAAGCAUUCUAGUUGCGGCCAAUAAUGUAAAAUAAAACAAAAAAUGUCAUAAUUAGAUUUUUUUUUUAAUCCAAUAGUUUGUGGGACUAUUUUAAGCAUGCUUAGUUACAAAUGAUAAUACAUCAGAAGUUUAUACUUUCCCUACAAACCAUUAAAAGAAUUCUAGUUGUGGCCAAUGAUGCAAAAAAAAAAAUGUCGUCAUUGGAUUUUUUUUUCAAACCAAUAGUUUCUUGGAUUAUUUUAAGCAUGCUUAGUUACAAAUAAUAAUACAUCAGAGGUUUAUACUUUCCCUACAAACCAUUAAAAGCAUUCUAGUUGUGGCCAAUAAUGCAAAAUAAAACAAAAAAUGUCAUAAUUGGAUUUUUUUUUUAAAUCCAAUAGUUUGUUGGAUUAUUUUAAGCAUGCUUAGUUACAAAUAAUAAUACAUCAUAGGUUUAUACUUUCCCUACAAACCAUUAAAAGCAUUCUAGUUGCGCCAAUAAUGCAAAAUAAAACAAAAAAUGUCAUCAUUGGAUUUUUUUUUUAAUCCAAUAGUUUGUUGGAUUAUUUUAAGCAUGUUUAGUUACAAAUAAUAAUACAUCCCAGGUUUAUACUUUCCUAAAAACCAUUAAAAGCAUUCUAGUUGUGGCCAAAUAAUGAAAAAUAAAACAAAAAAUGUCAUAAUUUUUUUUUUUUUAAUCCAAUAGUUUGUUGGAUUAUUUUAAGCAUGUUUAGUUACAAAUAAUAAUACAUCACAGGUUUAUACUUUCUCUACAAACCAUUAAAAGCAUUCUAGUUGCGGCCAAUAAUGCAAAAUAAAACCAAAAAUGUCAUAAUCUGAUUUUUUUUUUUUAAUCCAGUAGUUUGUUGGAUUAUUUUAAGCAUGCUUAGUUACAAAUAAUAAUACAUCAGAGGUUUAUACUUUCCCUCCAAACCAUUAAAAGCAUUCUAGUUGCGCCAAUAAUGCAAAAUAAAACAAAAAAUGUAAUAAUUUGAUUUUUUUUUUUAAACCAAUAGUUUGUUGGAUUAUUUUACGCAUGCUUAGUUACAAAUAUUUAUACAUCACAGGUUUAUACUUUCCCUACUAAAUAUGCUAAAUGAUAAUAAAAAUAAUAUGUCAAUGUGUAUAUAUAUAUAUAUAUAUGUGUAUAUGUAUGUAAAAAGCACUGAGUAAAUAAAUAUUACAAAUAAUGCUCACAUUGUUGUAAAUAAAUUAUUUACAAUAAUAGUACUGAAAAUACUACAUAAAUCAACUUUCUAAUAGUACUCUUGUAAGUAAAUGUGCUAAUGAUGGCGAUAAUUAAGCCAAUAAUUUGUGGUAAAUAAAUAAUUAUUCAAAAAAUAUAAAUAAAAAAGACAUCAUAACAAAGAACACAAAUUUUUCCAUUAUUAAUUGUUGGAGCUCUCGUUGUUGUUAUACCAUAUGAUCAUUAUGACCGAGAAAAAAUAUAUUUGCACAGUUUUGUUUUCCAUACAGCUCCCUUAAAACAUUCUAAUUAUGAACACAAAUAUCAUAAUUGUUUUUUUUUUGCCCAGUCAGUAGUAAAAAUGCAGCGCACAUUCUUACCCCACUUCCUGUGCAGUGUUGAUUGUUGUCCCUCAAAAGUGUUUUUUUAUAUUCAAACUGAUCCGGUGAUCAGUUGUAACAAGCAAGUCUUGAUUCGUACGGAAUUCCUUAAAAAAAUAUAUAAACAAAAAAGUUACAUCUGGUUGUUCUAUUCACGUUGUUUAUGCUAUUUUGCACCGCUGUUUUUGUAAACAAAGCAGUAGAAUAAGAGUUUAUAUGAAUAAAAACAACACUGAUUGCACUUAUUUUCCCUAUUUUGUCAGUCUACCCCAGGGCAGCUGUGGCUACAAAUGUAGCUUACCACCACCUCCUGUGAAUCAACGACGGGUUCCCGCUUCUCUGUGAGUGCUUUUGAGUAUCUUGUGUUAGAAAAGCGCGAUAUUAAAUCUCAUCCAUUAUUAGGGUCUGCCAGGCCCAUUGCAAAAGGACUCCACAGGAGUCCUUUUGCAAUGAGCCAAGGACCCUAUUGAAACUGCUGUGUUUUAUUAUUAUUCCGCACCUUCGCACCCUAAUUUGACCCCCUUAACAUGCUUCACAACUCACCAAAUUUGACACACACAUCGGUAUAGCAAACCUCCCCAAGUUAUUAAGCAACCAAACCCCAAAAAUGAAAAUUGCGCGCUAGCGCCCCCUAGGAAAAAAAACAACAACAGACUGCUCAUAACUUCCGUUAGGAAUGUCGUAGAGACAUGAAACAAAAACUUCUAUGUAGAACUGACUUAGACCUACAAUUCAUAAUUUUACUUUCUCGGGCAAAAAUCAACAACAAGUUGGCAAAAACCCCUUCAAUACAAAAUUUUCGCAAAAAAUGUUAUUUUUGCCUCUUUGAGCUGUAAUUUGACCCCUUUAAAAUGCUUCUAAACUCACCAAACUUGGCACACACAUCAGUACUGGCAGAAAUUGCGAUCUAAUGAAAAAACUAAACCCGAAAAUUAAAAAAAUGCGCUCUAGCGCAAUUUUUGAAUAAAACACAGCAAAAACGGCUCCUAGGAAGAAAACACAAACAAAAUUGCUUGUAACUUACAGUAGGAAUGCCGGAAAGACAUGAAACAAAAACUUCUAUGUAGGUCUCACUUAGACCUACAUUUAUAUGAUUGGCAUCCUUCGGCAAAAAUCAACAGGAAGUUAAAAAUUACCCCUUUAAAAUAAAAGUUUUGUAAAAACCCGUCACCUUUUUCAAACGUAAACUCCUCUGAGUGCGUUUGUCGUUUCGGCUUCAAACUCGCACAGGAGAGAGAUUGAACCCUUUUGAUUAUCAUAUUUGUUUUUAUAUUGUUUUUAUUGGUUUUAUAUUUAUUUAUUUUUUGUUUUUAUUCAGUCAUUGGUGGAGCAUAAUAUAUGUAUAUAUACUUUUUUUAUUUUAUUUUAUUUUUUUAUUUUUUUUACAAUUGUCUUUAACAUGGCUGUGCAGGACUUUGGAAACGUUAUUGUUGUUUAAAUGUGCUAUAUAAAUAAAGUGGAUUGGAUUGGAUUGGAUUGAUUAAAACUAUCCAACAAAG